AUGGCAGAUUUUGAGACACUAGUAAGGCAGGCAGAGGCCCUAGGACUCUCAGGUGAUGCUCUAUACGAUUAUGUGAGUAAACAGCAAAAUAUCUUCAGGGAAGAAAGAACUAAAGAGCGGGAGUUACAAAAGUUACAUAUAGAAGCUGAAAACCAGAAGGUACGUCUCGCUCAUGAACUUGAAAUGACGAAAAUCCGUGCUAAUAAUAAUGCCUCCAUCACCCUAGUGUUCAGUGAUGAUACUGUGAGACCUAGCUUACCUGUGUUUCAUGAUAGUGAAGAUAUUUCUUUGUAUUUGAUAAGGUUUGAAAGAGUGGCUGAUCUUUUGAAUAUAAAGAAGGAAAGUUAUGCCGUGAGGUUAGGCAGCCUUUUAACAGGAAAGGCAGUAGAUGUAUAUACAAGUUUAUCGCCUGAGAUAACUAAAGAUUAUGAGCUAUUGAAGAAAUGUCUUCUUGAUAGUUUUGCUAAAACUCCAGAUAGUUAUAGAGUGGACUUCCGCUCUGCUAAAAUUAAACCUGAUAUUCGCAUGUUUCUGAAAGAGCAUAACGUCUCUACUCUUGAUGAAGCAGCGCGGUUUGCAGACACUUGGGCUUCCGCUCAUGGAUCUUACCCGAAAUCGAACACCUGUCUUCAUAGAGGUAAGAGGAUGGUUCAGACCAAACAGUUGGUUCCAGAGGAAGCUGAGCAACAAUCUAGUUAUACCGUCAACUUUUCUUUUGAUGACAACUCGCCUCGCAAAUUCUUAACUUCUGGCACUAUCAAUGGUUCUUGGGUCUCAACUAUCCUCCGAGAUUCUGGCUGUUCUUGCGUUGUUGUUGCUGAACAGUUACUCCCAGAUGUUGAUCUAACAUCAUGUCAUUGGACUAGAGUUUCUGAUUAUCUAGGGCGUGUAAGAGAUCAUAAUAACCCUGAUGCUAUUACUGGUAAAUCUAUCAGUUCAGCUGUGUCUGACCAUGUUGUGACUAUACCGCGUACUGUAUCUGUUGCAAAAACGACUAAUGUUACUGAUGAAUAUGUUCAAGCAGUUGAAACUAGAUCAGAUAAAAUUAAGAGAGUCCAUCCUUUAGUAUUACCGAAGUUAGAACCUCUUAAUAUCACUCAUUCUGAAUUCGUCAAACUCCAGUCAUCUUGUCCAUCUUUGUCAGGUAUCCGGUGCAAGGGUAAUGCUGGGGAAACGGAAAAUAUGCGUGAUGGCUCUUUGUACAAGUAUGAGGUAAUUAACAGUUUGAUCUACCGUUCCUGUGUGAAUUCCAGAUUCCGUGAAAGGGUUGGUAAAUCCUCUCUGGUUGUACCUGCGGACUGCCGGAAGAUAAUUCUCAGUCUGGCGCAUGAAAGUCCACUUGCAGGCCAUUUCUCGCACCGCAAAACAGAAAUUAAGGUAAGGGAACAAUUUUAUUGGCCUGGAAUGGGUGCUGAUAUCAAAGACUACUGCAGAUCUUGUGAGAAAUGCCAGAGAAUGUCCAGUAAAGGUAAAAUAAAGCCAGCCCCAUUGCAGCCAAUACCUAUUGUGACUGAACCUUUUUCUCGCGUCGCGAUUGACAUUGUUGGACCAUUAACUCCUGCAUCUUCCCAAGGUCAUAAAUACAUCUUAACGUUAAUAGAUUUUGCCACCGGGUUCCCUGAUGCUCUCCCGUUAAAAGACAUUGAUUCGGUGUCUGUAGCUGAGGCUUUACUAGUGAUUUUCUCUCGGGUAGGCAUUCCUAGGGAGAUACUCUCAGACAGAGGCACACAGUUUACUUCCAAAUUAAUGGGUGAACUCCACAAGUUACUCGGUAUAAAGCCACUUUUCACAACUCCAUACCACCCAAGUUGUAACGUCCUGAGAGAUUUAUGGGAAAAUCCUAAUGUAAAUGAGGACCAGCGUUCUACGUAUCAGUAUGUUAUCGAAUUAAAAGAUAAAUUGGCUGACUGCGCCAAAAUUGCUGCUCAGAAUGCCGACAUCAGCUCAUCCAGAUAUCGCUCAUACUUCGAUCUAAAGUCACAGAAGAGACAUUUUAAGAAAGAUGAAGUAACUGAUGUUGUAAAUAAUGCUCUUGAACCUUUCCAGACAGUCCAUAUGUGCUUAGUGGAAGAUGAUUCUGGGGGAAUGGAUGAACUACCUCUGACUACAGAUGGUAAAGUAGAUUCCGAUAAAAGUUCGGACUUAAAUUAUCAAAAUUUAUCUCCAGAUCUGAGUUCUCAGCAGAAAGCAGAUAUUCAAACUUUAAUUGAUUCUUGGACAGAUAUAUUUUCUGAUAUACCAGGGUGCACUUCAUUAAUUAAGCAUAAUAUUGAAUUAACUUCUACUGAGAUUAUAAGAGCUAAAAGAUACCCGAUACCCGUCCAUCUCCAGUCUCACUUCAGGGAAGAAGUAGAUCAAUUAUAUGAACAAGGCAUUAUAAGACUGUCCUCUUCACCCUAUUGUUCUCCAGUAGUAAUGGUUAAGAAAGCCGAUGGGACAUACCGCAUGGCUAUUGAUUUUCGUGCAAUUAAUUCGAUCACUGUAUUUCACGCUGAACCAUCCUGCACUGUGGAGGAAGAAUUGUUUAAGUUUGCAGGAGCACAAUUCUUUUCAGAAAUAGACUUGACGAAAGCAUAUUAUCAGAUUCCACUUUCAGAGAGUGCUAUGCCUUUAACAUCUUUUCCUACCCACAGAGGCCUGAUGGAAUUCACGAGACUCCCCUUUGGCUUAGUGACAGCAGGUGCUACGUAUAUUCGACUCAUGAGAUUGGUAUUAACUGGACUGAGUAACAUUGCCUUUUAUUUUGACAAUAUUUUCAUAUAUAGUAGUACAUGGAAAGACCAUAUGAAAGCAUUAGUAAAUGUCUUGGAACGUUUAAGAAAGUACAACUUGACAGCCAGAUUGUCAAAAUGUAGAUUUGGUUUUCCUUCAGUUGAAUAUUUGGGAUUUAUUGUUGAUGGACUGAGUUUAAAACCUCAGUACAAUAAAAUUGAGGCACUACUUAAGGUACCCUUACCUAAGACUAAGAAGGCUUUGAGGAAAUUUCUCGGGAUGAUUUCGUUUUAUAGAAUGUUCAUACCUAAUGUUUCAAACCUCACAAGUCCCCUAUCAGAUAUGCUCAGAAAGAAUGUUCGAGAACCUUUAGUUUGGAGUAAUGAGAAUGAAAGUAAAUUGGAUCAGCUUAAGCAAUAUAUGACCACUAAACCCAUCCUGAAAUUACCGGAUAUUAACCUUCCCUUUGCCCUCAGAACUGAUGCGUCUAACUAUGGUGUUGGUGCAGUGUUACUGCAGUAUGUUGAGGAUGAUCCUUAUCCCGUGGCAUACGCAAGCAGGAAGUUGCUCGAACGGGAGAGACGUUAUUCAACGGUGGAAAGAGAAUGUCUAGCCAUAGUAUUCGGUGUUACGAGAUUCCAGUACUAUCUUACAGGGAAAGAGUUCAUAUUAGAAGUAGAUCAUAAACCGUUAAUUUAUAUGAACAGUGCCAAGUCUAGCAACAACAGAGUUGUCCGUUGGUCCUUGUGUUUACAGUCCUACAGAUUUCGUAUAGUUCAUAUUGCGGGGACCUACUGCUGUCAAGGGCCGGACAGGAGGGGCUCCUCCAAAUUUUCCGUUAUAUAUCCAGCUCUGCCUAUCGUGAUCGGAGAGACAAUGGAAGCAUGA